GCGUGACCCACACUUCGUGUCCGAAUAUGCAGGCUGGAGGGAUCCUACAAGUACAAAAGAGGGAAGCUUCCAAGUGAGUUACUGCCUACUGGUUCUAGUUCUGUGCUGUAUCCUGCAUCGCUACAUCUGCAAAGUAGGGAGUCGGAUCAUAAAUCCACGUCGCUCAUCUCCGCAGUGCAGUGAUCAGUGAUUGAGUGGCGAACAGGUGCUCGUAGUACUUCCUGACCUUUCACUCGAGUCAGGAGAGUACGAGUGUUGCAUUGUUCAAACUAUAAUUUACUUGUUUUAGAUCGACUGGUGAAGGGAGAAGAGAGUAAGCAGAGCAAGCAUGGAGGUGAUAGUUUGCCCAGGUACAACCACGGCUGCUGAUGACCAGUCAGUGGUACUAGAGGAUGGAUCGCGCGUUUCGAAGCUAGUCGGCAAGGAUGGCGAGCUGCGAACCAAAUUGUUCGACGACGUAUCAACUGCGUACGAAGCGUUUGAGCGAGGCUGCCGUAUCAGUGGCGAUAGGGAAUUUCUGGGCCAGCGCAGCGGGCCAGCACCUGACUUUGCCUUUGAGUGGAUGACGUACAAUGAGGUGAAGGCAAAAGUGGAGAAGCUUUCGGCUGGUCUCGUCAAGCUUGGCAUGGAGCCGCAAAAGCAUGUUGGAAUGUUCUCACGCAACCGGCCCGAGUUUCAAAUCAGCCAGCUGGCCUGCUUCAGACAGGCUGCAGUGCUCAUCCCCCUGUACGACACUCUGGGACCGGAGGCCAUUGUGCACAUUCUCAAACAAGCAGACCUGAACCUGGUCAUUGUUUCCGGCGACAAGCUGAAGAAUUUGUUGGACCAGGCGGAGAGCGCAGCGUGCAUGAAAACAAUUGUGUCCCUGGACGAAGUCACCGAGGAGCAAGUAAAGGCAGCGGGUGACGUCGGUAUCAAGCUGUUCAACUACGAGGACGUGAUGAAGUCGGGUGAAGAGUCUGCACAGGAAUGCAAGCUGCCCACUCCUGACGAUACUGCCGUCGUCUGCUAUACCAGUGGCACGACCGGAAAUCCCAAAGGAGUUGUACUUACGCACAAGUGUCUGGUAGCUGAUGUCACUGGCGCUUGCCUGGCCCUGGGAGCAGCGAUGCCUUUUGACGAGAACCUUGUUCAUAUCUCCUAUCUGCCACUCGCCCAUAUGUUUGAGCAGCUUAAUGAGAUGUUCAUCACUUGGUAUGGUGGUCGCAUUGGCUUCUUCCGCGGUGACCCCAAGCUAUUGAUUGAGGACAUCCAGACACUGAAACCAAACUAUCUGCCCGUUGUGCCACGAAUCCUCAACCGCCUUUAUGGCAAAGUCAUGGACGGCGUCAACCAGGCCGGCUUUAUCAAGCGUUUCCUGUUCAACACCGGUCUCAACUCUAAGUUGUCCUACCUGAAGCGUGGUGAGACGCGACAGGAUACAAUGUGGGACUCGAUCGUGUUCGCCAAGUUCCGUAACUUGCUUGGCGGGCGUGUCCAGUGUGCAGUGACGGGAGCGGCACCGUGCAGUGCAGAGGUGCUUAGCUUCAUGCGCGCCGCCCUCGGCUGUCCAGUCUUCCAAGGCUACGGUCAGAGCGAAUGCACCGCCGCCGCUACCUGCUCUCUGGUUGGUGACGGCGAGCCGGGACAUGUCGGUCCCCCGAUGGCCUGCUCCAAGGUCAAGCUGUUCAGCGUCCCCGAGAUGAACUACCUGGCGGAGAACAACGAAGGAGAGGUGUGCUUUCAGGGCCCAAACCUCUUCUCGGGCUAUCUCCAUGAUGAGGCCAAGACCAAAGAGGCCAUAGAUGAAGAUGGCUGGUUGCACUCUGGCGAUAUUGGACGCUGGAAUCCGAACGGCACGCUCAGCAUCAUUGACCGCAAGAAGAACAUCUUCAAGCUGGCACAGGGCGAGUACAUUGCCCCGGAGAAAAUCGAGAUGAUCUACCAACAGGUUGGCUUUGUUGGCCAGGUGUUCGUGCACGGCGACAGCCUCGAGACUGCCCUGCUGGGUUUCAUUGUUCCUGAUGAUGCUGUUGCUGCACGUUGGGCAACCGACCACAGCGAAGAGACGGCUAUGGAGGCCGUCUGUAAGAACGAGCAGUUCAAGCAGGACAUCAUGAAGGAGAUCCAUGCGCUGGGAAAAGAAAAGGGGCUGAAGGGCUUCGAGCAGGUGAAAGCGCUGCAUCUGCACCCCGAGCCGUUCACCGUGGAGGACAACUUGCUGACGCCAACCAUGAAGAUGAAGCGUCCUCAGCUUCGCACCAGGUUUGCCACCGAAAUCCAGGCCAUGUAUGCUGAUCUGAAGGCGCAGUGAUUUGACACAUCAGAGCAGCAAGGGGCAAGCCUAGCCACCCUCAGACAUCAGGGCAGCAGCAGGCAAGCCUAGCCAUCCCCCUUUUUUAAAUUUUUUCUAAGAAGAGUGCAUCACGUGCCAUACAUAACAGCUACUACCUAUGCACCUGUACACACAGCUGUCUGCUGUAUCACUCUAUGGUGAAAAUAUUCAUUUAUUAUUCUUUUUUUUAUCCCUGCCGUAGCUUUCCAAAGAAUGCUCGCGUUUCUAGGCUCUCGUACCAAACUGCUUUCCGUGCAAGUUCCGUGUAGAGCUGUAGCCUACAUCCUUGUACUGUAGCAGGCACACUUUGUCCACAAAAUUAUGUACACACUAUUUGAGCUGAUUAGCCCAUUUUAUGCUUGCUCUCUCCUUGUAGGCGAAUAGGAUUGUAGGUGUAAGUUGUUACCGCAGGCACUAGGUGUCAUACAUUGUCACUGCCUUGCUCUUUGUUCUUUCAAUUGUUUUGCUCAGUAGCCCACUGGCAAGGAUCUGCAGAUAGAAAGUAUUUUCAAUUAUUAAAUUCUAGCAUACUCUUGGCGUGGAGAAAUUCAUGCACUCGUUUUAGGAAUGCAAAUCAUGCCGUACUCUA